AUGACUAUUAUCAGUAUCAUCUCCGGCCCCUCCCAUUGGCUGACGGGAGCCCCCCGCCCCCUCCUAUUGGUCGACGGAGGGGGCGCCGAGCCCCCGCCCCCUCCCAUUGGUCGACGGGCCGCCGAGGCCCCGCCCCCGUCCCCUUCUAUUGCUUGCCCCGCGGGCUGCCCCGGCUCCCGCCCCGGCUCCCGCCCCGGCUCCUGCCCCAACUUCGCCGUGGUCUGCUCCUUCCUGGAGCGCUACGGGCCGCUGCUCGACCUGCCCGAGCUGCCCUUCCCGGAGCUGGAGCGGGUGCUGCAGGCGCCCACCCCGGACGCCGGACACGGCGAGGUUCCCAAAGAGCUGGUGGAGCUGCACUUGAAACUGAUGAGGAAGAUCGGGAAAUCUGUGACAGCCGACAGAUGGGAAAAGUACCUGAUCAAGAUGUGCCAGGAGUUCAACAGCACAUGGGCUUGGGAGCUGGAGAAGAAGGGCUACCUGGAGAUGAGCGUUGAGUGCAAACUGGGCCUGCUGAAGUACCUCUGCGAGUGCCAGUUCGACGACAACCUGAAGUUCAAGAACAUCAUCAACGAGGAGGACGCCGACGCCAUGCGCCUGCAGCCCAUCGGCCGGGACCGGGACGGGCUCCUCUACUGGUACCAGCUGGACCAGGACCACAACGUCAGGAUGUACAUCGAAGAGCAGGACGAUCAGGACGGGUCCUCGUGGAAGUGCAUUGUCAGAAACCGAAACGAGCUGGCUGAGACCCUGGAGCUCCUGAAAGCCCAGAUCGAUCCUGCACUGUUGAAAAGCAGCAGCCACCAGGACCCGGCCUCGCAGGAAAGCCCCGGCACGGACGACGGGGACGCCAAGAAAGACGGAGCGGCACCCAAGCCAGAGGGCGAACUGCCGCCGAAAGAGGAGACGGCGGCGGCAGAGGCGGGAGAGCGGCCUAAGGGGGCGGGGAGCCCCCCGGCCCCCGGCCCCCCCGAGGCGGCCGUCAAAGCGGAGAAGGCGGAAGAGAAGGAGCCCGUGAAGACGCCCGUCAUCGUGAAGCUGGAGCGGCCCCCGCCGGAGGCAGAGGAGAGGCAGACCAUCAGAGAGGAGAGGGAUUCCUUCAAGGAGAACGUCAAGCCCGUCAAGGCGGAGCCCAGGGAGGGCCGACCCGACCCCAAGGAGGCCCGGAGCAGCACGGAGAAGGUGGCCGCCCACGACCCCGACCGGCUGGACUUCUGCGCGGCCGUCAAGCCCCCCCCGGAGACCCUGGAGAAGUCGGCGGAAGACACGGAGAGACUGAAGAACGACCAGCAGGCCAAGAUCCCCCUGAAGAAGCGGGAGCUCAAGCUGAGCGAGGACUUCGACAGCCCCGUCAAGGGGCCGCUGGCUCGGCCGCUGGCCCCCGCCAGGGACGGGCCACGGGAGGACGGGAAGCCCGACGGGGAUCCCUGCAGGCGCCACCCCGCCGGCCCGGCCCUGGGCCCCGACGGGAAGCCGCUGGUCAACGGGGAGGCGGCCCCCAGGACCGGGGCCGAGCAGGCCGAAGCCAGGUUCCCCUCGGCCGGGGACGCCGGGGGCGGCGGGGCCAGGGAGAGGAACGGCGUCGCCGGGGGGCCCGCCGCCCCCGGGCCCUUCCACCCCGCCGGCCAGGGGGCCCGGAGCGGCGAGGCGGAGCGGGGGGCGGCCCCGGGGCGGGAGGCGGAGGGCCCGGGAAGCGGCAGCCAGAGGGGGGCGGCCGGGGAGGAGGUGGGCCCCCUCGAGAGGGAGGCCCGCGGGCGGCCCAGGGACCCGGCGCCGCUCCCGCCGGCACCGCCCGGCCCGGACCCCGGCUCCCAGAAGCCCGAGGAGCCGUCCGGCGGGCAGCCGGCCCGGCCCGGGCCUCUCCCUGCCCGGGAGGGCCCGGAGGCGGCCGAAGGGGCGCAGCCCACCGCGGAGGCCCCCGGCCUCAGCCCCAUAGAGGAGGAGGUGGAGGACGAGGAGCAGCAGCGGGGCGGGGACGGGGCGGCGUCCGAACCCCGACCCGAGCCGAAGCGGCCGCCGCCGGGCUCGCCGGAAGGGCCCGGCCCCCGCCGGCAGACCGCCCCCGAGGCCCCGACCCCGGGGACCGUCGACGCCCCCGCGGGCGCCCCGGCCGGCGCCCGGCCCGCCAACGGCCAGGAGCCCGUGGAGGCCAAGAAGGAGUCCUCGGCCCCCAAGAGCGGGUCGAAGCACAAGCUGCGCGAGGAGGAAGAGGAGGACGAGGAGGAGCCGGAGGAGCCCGCUGCCCCCGGGAGCCCCGAGAUCACCUCGGAGAGGCAGAAGGAGGGCAUCAAGUUGACCAUCAGGAUCUCGAGCCGCAAGAAGAAGCCGGCCGAAGGGGCUCCCGCCCAGACGCCGGCCGUGCGGGGGAAGGCGGAGGCGCAGGGGGAAGAGGAGGAGAAGGCCGUCGCCGGCCCGCAGCUCCGCAGGUCCCCGAGGAUCUCCAGGCCCACGGCCAAGGUGGCCGAGACCCGGGACCAGAGGGCAGAGAAAAGGCGGAACGGGGACGACGGCGGCGGCGAGGAGGACGACGACGACGACUCGGCCUGGGCGUCCAGACCCGACAAGAAGGAGAACCUGCGGAAACCCGACAGGGACGCCAACUCCAGGGUGAACAAGUUCAAAUCGAAAAGCAGAGCUCGGUGGAUGGGGUCCCGGAGCCGGGGCCGGUGGAAGUACUCCAGCAACGACGAGAGCGACGAGUCCCAGAGCGACAAGUCUUCGGCGGGCUCGGGCGAGGAAGACGCCAAGGAGAGCGAAGAGGCCGCCCCGGCGGACGACGACGAGCCGUGCAGGAAGUGCGGUCUUCCCAACCACCCCGAGCUGAUCCUCCUUUGCGACUCGUGCGACAGCGGCUACCACACGGCCUGCCUCCGCCCCCCUCUGAUGGUCAUCCCCGAUGGAGAGUGGUUCUGCCCCCCGUGCCAACACAAACUGCUGUGCGAGAAGCUGGAGGAGCAGCUGCAAGACCUGGACGUAGCCUUGAAGAAGAAGGAGCGCGCUGAGCGAAGGAAAGAACGUUUGGUGUACGUGGGGAUCAGCAUCGAAAACAUCAUCCCCCCACAGGAGCCGGAAUUUCACGAAGACCAAGAGGAGAAGAAGAAAGAUUCCAAAAAAUCGAAAGCCAGCCUGCUCGAGCGGAGGUCGACGAGGACGCGGAAAUGUAUCAGCUACAGGUUCGAUGAGUUCGACGAAGCCAUCGACGAAGCAAUAGAAGACGACAUCAAGGAGGCGGACGGCGGAGGGGCCGGCAGGGGCAAGGACAUGGCCAACAUCACCGGCCUCCGGGGCAAGGACAUGGCCACCAUCCUGGAGGAGGAGCGCAAGGAGAGCAAGCGGCCCCAGAGGGCGGCCGCGGUCCGGCGGAAGAAGCGGCGGAGGCUGAACGACCUGGACAGCGACAGCAAUCUGGACGAGGAGGAGAGCGAGGACGAGUUCAAGAUCAGCGACGGGUCCCAGGACGAGUUCGUGGCGUCGGAGGAGAACGCGGACGAGAGCGAAGAGGAGCCGCCGUCCAACGAGGACAGCGACGCGGAGCCGUGCGGCCGCCGGCGGCCCCGGCCCCGGCCCAUGCGGCAGAGCCGGCGCCUGCGCAGGAGGUCCGUCCAGAAGAGGUACUCGGACGACGACGAGGACGAGGAGUCGGAGGAGAACGGCAGCCGCGAGUCCGACAGCGACUGCAGCGAGUCCAGCGAGGACUGCCUGGAGACCCAGCGCCGGCGGUCGCGGAGGAACCAGAAGCGCCCGGUCAACUACAGGGAGGACUCGGAGAGCGACGCCUCGCACAGGAGCCUCCGCUACCGCGACCAGCGGCGGCGCGGACCCCGGCGCCGCCUCUCCAGCUCCGACAGCCAGGAGAGCUUCGCGGCCAAGGACUCGGAAUCGGACGAGCCCGCGGACCGGGCCGGCGGGGCCGUCCGCAAGCGGGGCCGCAGCCUGGGGGGCUCCUCGGACGGCGACGACGACGACGACGACGAGGAGGACGAGGACGGGGUGGAGGAGGCGGCGGCGGCGGCGGCCGCGGCGCGAGCGGCCGGGGAGGGCAGGCCCGUCCGCAAGCGGCUGCACCGGAUCGAGACGGACGAGGAGGACGGCGCCGAGGAGGCGGCGGGCGGCGACGGGGCGGCGACGGGGCGGCCCGGCCCGGACCGUAAGCCCGCGGCGGCCGCGGCCCCCGCCGCGCGGCCCGGCAGCCCCAAGAGGCCCUACCGGAUAGAGAGCGACGAGGACGAGGACUUUGAGAACGUGGGCAAGGUGGAGAGCCCGUUGGACUACAGCCUGGUGGACCUGCCCGCCACCAACGGACAGAGCCCCGGCAAGGCCAUGGAGAACUUGAUGGGGGGCAAGGCCGGCGAGAAGCCCCCCACCCUCAAGGGCGGCCCGGCCGGCGCCAGCCCGGCCCCCGGCGCCGCGGGCGGCGGGCCCGAGCCCACGGGCCCCGAGGAGGACGAGGACGAGCUGCUGAGAGUGACUGACCUGGUGGAUUACGUCUGUAACAGCGAACAGUUAUAAGACUUCUCUUUUUUUUUUUUUUUCCAUUUUUCUGCUAAUUUAUUCCACGGGAGGCUGUCUCCACCAGCGGGCCGGUUACUAAAAAGCUGUUUUAUUUUUCCUAGAAGACUCUCCACUACAGUAUCACUUUUUAGAAGCGAACGUUCCACCGUCCUGCCGUCUUUCUGUGAAGUGACCAGUUUUCGAACUCUGAAGAUUCAAUAAUCGCUGUAAAUUCCCCCCGAUGGUUUUUAUUUUUUUUUUUUUUUCCGGUCGUCGUCGUCGUCGUCGUCCUCGUCGUCUAUUUCGUUUUCUCCACCCCCACCCCCCCCAACUUCCUGGUCCUCGGUAAUUUCAUUCACACCCACGAGAAAACCUUAUUAUAAUAACAACAAAAGAUUUGUAUAUUUUUGACUUUCUAUUUCCUGGGCGCUGCCGACCGGGCGGCCGAGGCC